GCUCAGAGGCCUCAGGAGGUGCUCCUAGGCCCUGCGCUACACCCACUCCAGACAGUUGAGAGCCAAGUAGAGGGUGACCGGCUCUUUCCUAGCCAGCUUGCCGGAGAGUACCAUGGGCGUGGCUGGGCAGGGAAGUGGGGAGAGGCGCCAAUGGGAGUCCAGGCUGCAGGCGGGCUAGGGCGGGACUGCAUGCGGGUUUCCGGCCGCCCCACCGCUCAACUCUCUUUCCUUCAGCUUCCGGGCAGCUUUCGGCUCCUGCCACCUAGUAAGGCUUGGGUAGAAUAGAGUGCAGGUCUGGCACCUCCCGGGAUGUCUAACCCAUGGCCAAUGGCCUGUACGUGGCCCAGGAUGGCUGUGAGUGCAAACAACACAAAAUCUGUGGCCCAGAGAUGCCAAAAGGUUGGACACCCCUGAUACAGCCUUAGGUGGCAGCAGAAGGAACCCUGCACUUGGAAUCAGAACACUUGGGGUUGGAAGCCCAUCUCUGCCCUGUCCCCUGAGACUUGGCUUCCUGGAAAAACCCUGUUGGAGGCCAUAUUUUUGGGAACCAAAGGUGAAGGGACAGUGGUGAGAAUGUCAGCUCUCAACUGGAAGCCUUUUGUGUAUGGGGGGUUGGCCUCCAUUACAGCUGAAUGCGGUACAUUUCCAAUUGAUUUAACCAAGACACGGCUCCAGAUUCAAGGCCAGAUGAAUGAUGGAAACUUUAAAGAAAUUAGGUAUCGAGGAAUGUUGCAUGCAUUAGUGAGGAUAGGCAGAGAAGAAGGCCUGAAAGCUUUGUAUUCUGGAAUUGCCCCUGCGAUGUUACGCCAGGCUUCCUAUGGCACCAUCAAGAUAGGUACUUACCAGAGCUUGAAGCGGUUAUUUGUUGAACGCCCAGAAGAUGAAACUCUUCUGAUAAAUGUGGUGUGUGGAAUUCUCUCUGGAGUCAUAUCCUCAGCCAUUGCCAAUCCAACUGAUGUUUUGAAAAUACGGAUGCAAGCACAAAGCAACACCAUUCAAGGAGGCAUGAUAGGCAACUUCAUUAACAUUUACCAGCAAGAGGGAACGAGAGGACUGUGGAAGGGUGUGUCCCUUACUGCUCAGAGGGCUGCUAUUGUUGUUGGUGUGGAGCUGCCAGUCUAUGACCUCACCAAGAAGCAUCUGAUUCUCUCAGGCCUGAUGGAAGACACUGUGUAUACUCACUUCCUCUCAAGCUUCACCUGUGGCCUGGCAGGAGCCCUGGCUUCCAACCCUGUGGAUGUUGUGAGAACACGGAUGAUGAAUCAGAGAGUCCUUCAUGAUGGCAGAUGCUCUGGGUACACAGGUACCCUGGAUUGCUUGUUACAGACAUGGAAGAAUGAAGGUUUUUUUGCUCUAUAUAAAGGCUUUUGGCCAAAUUGGUUGAGACUUGGUCCUUGGAAUAUCAUUUUCUUUGUGACAUAUGAACAGUUGAAGAAAUUGGAUUUAUGACGAGUCAAGGCUGCAUGAGACAUCCCUUUGAAAAAUGCUAAUUUCUACAACAGUAAAGCUUCCUGUGUUUCACACUGCUUCUCACUGCUUGGAUCAUCACAGAUUCUGAGGUGUGAGCAACAGAUGAAGACUGGGUUAGUUCAGACUGCUGUGUGUUGGCAUCAGACACUCUGCAUUGAAUCUUUAAUGGCAUAAACACAAGUCCUUACCAUCAAAGUGCCCUUUGACAUCAAAGAUAACAUGAAAUGCAUGCUUUUGUUAAAGAAAACUUGCAAGAAGAUCAGGAACCACAUACUGUUUUCUUCAGGGGAGAGUAGCACCUGAUGCAUCUCAGCUCAUAGCCAAGAGUACCAGACUCUGAAGAAAACUCACUGGAACAUGGGAUAGAGUCUCCAAAAGGGUAUUAUUGUUCCUGAACUUGGGGGCUUUUGCUUCUUAUCAGCAGAAGAAAUUUUGCAAGUGGAGACCUGGACUAUUCAAUCCUAGGAAUAAUAGUGCAGGAAAUAGAUCCCUGGAAUAUUGCACUACUUUAUAACUUCCUAUGUUGGCAGGAUUUUUCACUUAUAGUAAUUUUAAGCCUUUGGAGGCUUGACUUUGUGAGGAAUUGUUACAAAAUAUUAAUAUGUAAGCUCAUGAUGGUGUGAUAUGCUGGCUAUGAAAGUGGCAAGCUCUGUGUUGAUGGGAGGUGUUUCAAGCAGCUUGGGUUCUGUCUUAGGUCAUGUUAGUAAUUUGCUCUAUGAUUUUUAGCAAAGUUUAUUUCUCAAUCUGGAAAUGGAGAUAAUAACAUCUAUGGAAGUUGAAGGUCAAAUGAAGAAAAUGUUAGUUGCUGCUACUUGUUUGGUAAGGGUGUUUACAUUAUGUUGUCAUACUGCUGUAAUCCAAGAAGAAACAUUCUGUGUGUAUGGAAGAGUCAUUUUAUUAUGACUACUCAUCAGAAUUCAGAGUAAAGCCCUUUGUUAAAGACCUGUGAGAAAAAGAGCACUGUGUAAGUUAGGGUUUUAUUAUAUUUUCCUUAGUAGAAUGUUGCAAGUGAAAAGAGUUGAUUUUUUCCAGAUUUUCCAGUUUUUACUGUAGUUCAGGUUAUGUUAAAAUAUUUCCUGUCUUCUACUUCCUAAUUAGCUUGGCUGGAAAAUAUUUGCUUGACAUUUUAGAAACUAUUUCCUUAGUACUGUACCUGUUCAGUUAGUUUCUGAUAAGAGGUGUAUAUCUUCCUUCUUUUCUUCUAAAGAGAAGAUAAAUCAUUCUUCCUCUUCUUUCUUGUCUUCAUCUUGUUCUUUUCAAAGUAAAAAGUGACUGUGAUAGCAUCAAGAACUUUGACUUCUAGAAGACAGCCCCAGGAAGGGGCUUCAGUUCUACUGUUUGAGAACAGUAAAUAUGUACUAUAUGGGGGCUCCAGGUUAGACACUUCUGCACUGUCUACUCUGUAUCAGUUUGUCUAGCUCCUGGGCUGUCUCCUUCUGUGAAGCACAAUAGAAGGAAUGCAGGUUUUUCUUGUGGAUUGGGCAUUUUCCUCCCAGUCACUUUCAUCUUGCCUUCUUUAUUAAUGUUGACUUUAAAGAAGAUUUUGUGGAGCAGAAUUUUAUUUCCAAAAGUAAGAGCUAAGGCAGAGUUAUUAAAAAGAGAUGGGAAGACAGAAGGUUGGUGAAGUGGUAAGUUAUUUGGAUUGCUUAAAGACUAAGAUGAAAGUCCAGUUUUCCCUGGUACUCUCUAGAGGUGACUCUGGAGAGCUAAACUCCUGGUACUGAACCAUAUUUUCAUAAAGAAGAAAUUUUUUUCUUCUUACCAAAACAUUCCAUGACGUGAUACAGGCUUUCUAUAGAAAGGCUUUCACUUUUGAGUUCCUUGAGUUUAAAGAAUUACUUAUUAUGAACCACUCUUUUUUUAAAUGUAGAAAACAUUUUAUUUUUUAAGUGUACAUAUUAUUUCUAAAAGUGAAUGUCAUGUAAUAUUCAUUAUAUCAAUUUAUUAAAAUUAUGUACAUGUUCAUAUCAGAAUGAAAAGAAAUUCAAAACUCAGUCUGAGUAUGUUUUUAAGACAAAAAUGCAGUAAUUUCUUUAAAUACUUUAUAAAACAGGAUCUUAACCUAUUUUUGUUUUCUUUUUGCUUUCUGAAAGAGCAAUUGUUAAAGCUUCCAACCAAGAAAGAACUUAAUGAACUGGGAGACUUGGCCCCUGGUUUUGGGGGAUGUGGCUGCCUGUGUCUCUGCACCCUUGGAUAUUACUUAGGCAAAAGGAUUUUUAGCUUUUAUAAUCAAAAUGAAAAAAAAAAUGGAUUUUUUCAUUUGCUUAUGGAUUUGUGUAAUCAUUAAUGCUAAAUGUUGCUGAUCUGUAAUAUAAAAAUGCCUCCUCUGUAUUUAUUCUUGGGCUAGAAAUAGUAUAUAUCUUAGAAAGACUGUAAAGUUUUUAUAAGCCUUUAUAGUUCAAGCUCUUUAUUUAAACAUUAUUGGAAUGUGUAGCAUAAACCUUGAUUCAUUAUUUAAUAAAUUGGAGUAAUAUAUAAUUAUAAAAA